ACCAUCGCAUCCAUCACGCUCUUCCCUUUCUGAUCUCGAUUAGCUUACGCCCGACAGCAUCACAUCACACAAUCAUUGCCGGUAAAAACGACCGCAGAAGUGCCGUCCAAUUGAGACCCCAGACAGCCAAAGAGCCGCAACCGAAGCUGUCACUGCGCAACCAUGCAUUUACUCUUCUCCUCUGGCAGACAGGCUCUCCCCAGCUCCAGGCGCCUGCUCGGCAAGACCCCAGCAGCAGCGGCAGUGACCUGCAACCAAUUUGCUUCGAGUGCCGCGUUCUUUUCGACCUCACGCACCGUUGCGGCCAAGAACCAAAUCUACCAGUCUGUUCGUAAUCUCGACCAGUUCCAUACCUACCAGCUUCUCUCAUCCUCCUCUCGAACGCCGCUGUUGACACUGUGGACUACCUCCUAUUGCCCUACAUGCCGAGUAGUGGAGCCCUUGUUGCGCGAGCUCGUCGAAACCGGAGUCGGUGAAGAGGAGGGCGGCGUUGGCUUUUGCACCGUCGAGUACGAUGCGCCUGAUGUUAUGGAAGCUGGACUGGGUCUUAGCUAUAUGAUCAACUCGAUCCCGACCCUGCUGAGUUUUGAUGCCCAGGAGGCGCAAACCCAAACCAAGGUCACGGAUGGUCGCCAAUUGGCUAAUCGCAAGUUCUUGGAAGAAUGGAUCCGAAACGAGGCGAGACGGCAUGGAAAUCGUGGAGGGGGCGGGUCUCCUACCAGCAUCUUCAGCGGCCUCUUUAGCAAACUGAAGGAGUAGCCCAACAGAUCACCAAUGACAAGUUUCUGCCGAGGCAGAUCACAGCGCACAUCGGCACUGCAUACUAUGAUCGUCGGUCAAUGCACACAGCUUCCCCGCAAAUUAAGCUUCGCCAAAAGCUGAGCGGCUCCAAGUCACUCGACGACUGCCCUACACUGCUGAAUACCAGAAUCAACUUAGCCGUAUUAGUCUCCUGGCGCAAGUAACGGUCAAUUAACAGCUCGACUCCGUCUAUCAG